GCGCGCAGGGCGGCCGCCGGCGGCGCGCACGCCCGGGGGGGGGCGGGUCGGAGGAGCCGUCGGGACCCCCGGGCCGCCGGCGCCAUCAUGUACCGCUCCAGCAGCGGCCGCUCUGGCCCCUCGUCCUCGUCCUCCUCCCACCGGCUGAAGGAGGGCGGCUCGUCGGCAUCCCGCGUCUCCCGCUUCAGCACAUCGGGGCCGGGGCCGGGCCACGGGCGGCCUCCCCCGCCGCUGCCCGCCGCCGCCGCCGCCUCGCCGCCGCGCUCCGCUUCGCCCCGUCCGCCGUCGCUUCGCCGCCACCGCUCCCCGUCGGGACACCGCGGGCCCUGCCGCCGGUCCCCGUCGCCGCACCGCAGCAGGAGGUUGCCAUCGCCGCCGGGAGGAGGGGGGCUUGGCGGGCCCCGGGGCCGCCGGGGCAGCGAACACGGAGACAGCGGCAGCAGCCGGAGACGUUCACCGAGUCUCCGCUCUGAGUCUUCACUGGAACACAGUUUGUGGAUUACUGUUGGUAAUGACCGGUAUUGCAUUGGCACACCGGAGCGGAGGAGGCUGCCUGAUAGACUGGGCUCACCAAUUGAUAACCUGAGUGACAGGGAUGAUAUGGCUGAUGGUCCAAUAUUCACUAGAGGCCUCACAUGUCCUCGAGGCCUUGAGAGAUACCCAUCGCAUGAAGAUCAACCCUCAAGUCCCUUCGUUGUGAGGCAUGAUGAAGACUACCGCAGCCGAGAUGUUUUCCUCCACCGUUCAGAUUACAGUCCACAUUAUGGCCGUCGAGAAGAGCUGCCUCGUGGAUCUGACAGAGAUGGUGACAAACUGAGGAGAUCUCCCUACCCACUGAGGCCAGAAGACAGGGGACGAGAAAUAAAGCGUCCACGGUACGAAAAGGAUGAGAAGAUGCAUGGUGUGAGUGGAGAGCAUCAGGGUUUCUCAUCAGGAACACGGAACUAUCGCAGACGAAGCCGCAGCCAUAGUAGAAGCCUGAGCCCAUCAUACCUGAAUGAAGAAUUCCGAGAGCUUGACCGGGCAAGGAGGAAAAGAGAAGAAGAAGAGCGUAGCAGAAACGUGAAUCAUGAUGUUUCAGGCAGUGGCUAUGUGAUCCCUGGCUUGACUAACACACUACAGACUUCUGAGCCUCGGUAUACAUACAGGCCUGAAGAAAUCCCACCCAUGCCCAAAAAAUCCAUUUUGAAGAAACGAGUGGAGAUGGAAGUAGAGUCUUCUAUUCAGCCUGAGAGCUUUUCAAGCAGUCCAGCUCCCAGCAAGGAUCUUCCUCUUCUUUCUAGUCAGUCAUCUUUGCCCCAGAACAACAACGUGGCUCCUUUUGCCUCUGAAGUGGAGAACUUUCUCAAACGGUUUAACAAAGACUCUCUUGUGGAGUCUGCAAACAAGGAGUUGUGUGAAGGUUUAUAUGAGUGGAGCCCACUUUCUGGGCCUCCCAAAGACACUUUCACGUUUGAAGAGAAGUUUGGAAGCUUCUUAAGUCACAAAGAAAAGGUAGAAGCCAGAUCAGAGCCCACUGAUCGCCAUACUGACUUCCUGCUACCUCACGAGAGGGCCAGUCAGGAUGGCAGUGGUUUCUCCCGAAUUCUGGGCAUGAUGGCUGAUUCUGUCAGUGCUCAGGAGAAGAGGAGGCGUAGCUUUCCUGACAUUGAGGAUGAAGAGAAAUUUCUUUAUGGUGAUGAAGAUGAGGAGACCAAAGUUGAAUCUCUCCCUGUUCAGAAGCCCCCAGUGAGUUGUGGCAAUGAGAUUAUAGUCCAGAAAAUGAGCCCACCUCCUUCUCCUGCUCCAGCUGUCAAACUGGAUGCUUUAGAAGAGCCAAAUGCAGAGUAUGCAAAGAUCCACGACUUACUCAAAACCAUUGGGCUUGACAUUGGUGUUGCUGAAAUUGGAAAACUGGCUGUCCGUACCCAGGAACGCCUUCAUGGCAAAAAACUGGCAUCUCGUUCUCCAGAUCGUCGCUCUUCAGACAGUCGCAGACUGGACCCCUGGGACUUGCGGCGCAGCCGGAGUGACACUCGUUCUCCUGAGUCAGGCCAGCAGCGUUCAGCAUCACCUCCAGUCUCUUUUCAGCAGUCCAAAGAUGUGUCCUCUCUUCAGAAAUCAGAAUAUACUAAGAACAAGCCAGUGGGACAGGAUAUACCUCCAUGUGCACCAGAACAGCCUCUUCCUUCUGUCUCUCUCAUUCCCUCAGUUCCACCAACUCCUCCUAGUUUGCCGCCUACACCUACUUCUGUUUCCCAAUACCAAAUUCCCACCUAUUCCCACUACACUCCCACUCAAAUGCCCCAAAACUAUCCACCUCCCACAAUGGCUCCUCCAGGAUACGAUGCAUAUGGGCAUUAUAUGGCGUAUGCAGCUCCUGGCUGGCCCAUGUACCCCCCUGCCCAGCAGCCUAAUCCUACGCUGCCAGAAGCUCAUGGUCUUCUUACGAUGGCCAUGUCAGCGAACCCCACGCGUCCCAAUCUCCGGGUGAUCGAGACAGUCUCCUUGGGAAAGGAUGUCCCUGAUGUAAAAAGAGACGGUUCUGUGCUCGUUCAAGUCCCUACUACUCCUUCUCAUUCCAAAGCACCCCUUCGUCUGUCUUCACACCCUCUCAAAAAUACCACAGAAAGGAUGUCGGAUGAAAAAAAUCGGGCAGCUCAAAAGCAGAAGGUGAUAGAAGAGAGAGAAAAACUGAAGAAUGAUCGAGAAGCACGGCAGAAGAAGCUUUACUAUCUCAAGACUGAACUGGACAGGCUUCGUAAACAGCAAGGAGAGAUGUUGAGGAAAAAACGUCGUGAGAAGGAUGGACACAAAGACCCCUUGUUGAUUGAGGUGAACAGACUACAAGAGAAUAUUAUGAAGGAGAUUGCAGAGCUGCAUAAAGAAUCUGAUGCAGCUGACAAGAAGCAGUCUGAGCUUGACAAAGUAGCACAAAUCUUGGGGAUUAACAUAUUUGAAAAACCCCGGAAACCAUCUGUGGAAACUAAAGAUUCCUCAGAAAAGAACAGCAAGUCAGAAAAUGCAAAAGGUGUGGAGAAAACAUCUUCCUCCAACAAGGAAUCAAAAACUACUAAUGAAAAAUCCAGAGGUAGAAGCCCGAAGCCAGCAGAAUCCUCUUCACAGUCCUCCAAACAUCCUUUCCAGUUGGCCAAUAUUUAUGAAUAUUAUGAUGCAGGGAACCACUGGUGCAAAGACUGCAAUACCAUCUGCGGGACCAUGUUUGACUUUUUCACACACAUGCAUAAUAAGAAACACAGACAGACCCUGGAUCCUUACAACAGACCUUGGGCUUCGAAGACCCAGAGUGAGACCAAACAAGACUCCAUAAAACGCAUCGAUAAGAUAACGGUUCCUGCCAAAGGCUCUGAAUUUCUGAUUCCCAUCACUGGAUAUUAUUGCCAGCUCUGUCAUGAAUUUUUUGGAGAUCAAAUCUCAGCAGAGCAACAUGUGAAAAGUCAUCCCCACAAUGAGAAAUAUAAGAAAUACAUAGAUGAAAACCCACUCUAUGAAGAGAGGAGAAAUCUAGACCGUCAAGCUGGAUUGGCUGUAGUUCUGGAAACAGAGCGCAGACGGCAAAAUGAGCUGAAGAGGAAACUAGUUGAGAAACAGAAAGAAGAGAAGGAUGAGAAAAACCCAAAAAUAGUAAAGAAAGAGGAAGUAAAGAGCAACCCAGAGUUUGGAGAAGGGAGUAAUGAAACUCAAGGCAAAAUAGAUUCUUCUGGGCGAAAAAUGGGUAUCAUGGUUAAGCUAAAGAAGGAAGAGAAGACAGAGGAGAAAAAAGAAGAAAAGAAAGAGGAAUAUAGAAAGGAAUCACCAAGCCAGACUUCCUUUGGGAAAUUCAGCUGGAAAAAGACUGAGAGAGAGGAUAAAACCCCAGGAGCAGCUAUUCCAAAGGAGGAGAAUACAGAAGGAAACAAAGAGGAGAACAAGUGUCAGUCUGUGAAAUCCCAUAUCAAGCCCAUUGAAAUCAAGCUGUCUGGGAAAACCGUUAUUCCACACACUAGCCCAUGGAUACCAGUUGUUUCCACACCAACAUCAGCAAAAGUUUUACCCAAUCUACCAGUCCCCACCAUGAUUUUCAGGAAGUCUAAUACUGCAACAGUUAGUAAACCAGCACCUCUGAACACCUUUUUAUCCAUAAAAUCCUCUGGAGCUACCACCAAACCACUGCCAGUGGUAAAAGAAACGAAUGCAGAUCUUCUACUGCCUCCAGAUAUCAUCUCAAAAGCUUUUGGAGGAGAAGAAGUAAUUUUAAAAGGGACAGAGGAGGAUUUGAAAGCAGCAGAAAAAACUGAAUCUUCUCAGACUUCAGAUAGACUACCUCCACAUCCUCCUCCACCAGCAGUCCAGCAGGCAGCUCUCAUCCCUGCAGAUGAAGUAGCUCCAGGUGUGUCUGAAAGUGAACAGACAAUGCUGGCAAUGCCUGUGAGACCACCACCACCUUCAACUGCUUUCAGUGAGCAGGCAAAAAAGAUAGAAAAACGAAAUUCUUGCUUGGCCACAGCCAAUGCUAAAGAUCUCUAUGAUAUUUUCUACAGUAGUGGUGGAAAGGGUUCAGCUGACAAUAAGCUUGCAAGUUCUGCACUUCCAAAUGGAGAAAACCCUAACCUAACAAAACCUGCAGACUUAUCUGCAAACCCUAGAACAAACAGUAGCUCAUCCUCCUUGAAAGAGGAUUCUCAGAAUGUGGAUUUCUCACAGUGUAAUAAUCAAGUAACAGGGAGUUUGGUUCCUGGUGAGAAUCAGGCUGAAAUGAACAAGAAACCACUUCAGCCUCACCUCUCAGAAAUAUCUGUCACAGAAUUGCCAGAAAUAAAAACACUUUCUGGUAUCCAGAUGCCUGUAGAAAUUGGACUUGUUGACACAGGAGGUGGAGAGCAGGCAGGCAGUCAGGAAUUUUGUGAUGUACAGAAAAGUGAGGUCCAAGAGAAAGUUGGACAGGAGGAUGGAAAUAAAACUGCAGUUACAAACAUAAAUGUUCCUAGUACCUUGGAGAAGGAUGCAAAGAUGAAGGACUGGGAGGUAAAAGCAGUAAAGCCUAAGCAUAGCUUACAGCCAAAGACUUUUUUGCCUGAAAUACAGAAUGAAAUUCAAAAUUUGGGGAAUUCUCCUUUGGUAGAGGAAAAGUUAAAUGAUAACUGUAGAACUUGCUCAGAAUCUGAUAGUCCAAACUUGCUCUGGGACGCUUCCAGAACUAGUAAUGGAAAAGAACAGGCCAUCACAACCCAAUCUUGUUCUAAAACUGGUGGGGAUCUAUCAGAUACUCCAAAUGCAGAGAUAAAAUCUGGUUUUAAUGAAGUUGGUGCUUCAGAAUUUCAAAACCGGAGGCAGGAAGUUGAAUGCUUAGUCAAUACCUGCUCAAAUAUUGUUCACCUCAGAUCCAAUCUAGAAUUAGUAGCUGAAAAUGAAAAAAAGUCAUCAGAACACACUGGAUCUGAUGCAAGAUCAGAUAAUUUUUUUAUCAAGAGAUCAUCAGGAGAUGUGAAACACAUUAAAACUCCCUCACAGAAAGCAGAACUUGAGUUCAAAAGCACUGAUUUCAGUUUCGGAGACAGUAAGGUAAAACAGGAAUGCUUCAGCAUCCAUACAGCAGGACUUUUAAAUGAGAAUACAGAGGAAGUCACAGAACUAGAAACUAUUGCAUCUGUUAGGCUGGAGUGCAGUAGACAUAAAAAGCUGGGCAUUGAAAAAACAGUGAAUGAAACAGAGAUUACUGAUUUUGUUACAUUGACUUCUGACAGUCGGGAAGAUAAAUUUUGCACACAGAUUUCUCAAAAAGCUCUACUGCAGCCUGGAUCACAGACCUCAAAUAGUGACACUACAGAGGUGGUCAUGCCAGUUCUAGAAAUGCAGGGCAUUUCUCCCACAUCUGAGAUACCUCUGCAAGUGGAGGAGAGCAAAGCCGGCACUGUUGAAAUGCUGUCACUGAGUUGUGACGGAGGCAGCACAGAAAGUCAGUCUUCUGGGUGCAUGGAAACUUUCAUUCCUGGGCUCAAAGAAACACAUGGAAAGGUUGGUGGCUCAGGAGACAAGGGAGGAUGCACUUUCCAGAGCAAGAAGACUGAGCAAUCAGAAGCUGCUGACUGUAGUUUGGAAGCUACAACACAUUCAGGAAUUUCUGAAAGUGUAGCAGAAAGCCCAGUGGGUUGAAGUAAACCCAGUCAGUCCCAAUAUUUGAGGAGCCAGAGCUGGGAUUAUGUAUAUUUUUUUUGUUUGUUUGUUUUUUUGUUCCAGUUGAGAGUUUUGGGUGUAUUUUGCAUUCUGUGGUAGGACUUGGCUAAAGUGAAAUUUAGAUCAUCAGAGGGCAGAACAUACUUUAUUCUGUACAUAACUAAUUAUGUAAAAUGUUUUUUCAUGUGAAUUUUUUUGCCAGUUUCUUUUCUACACUCUGCUAUUAAAAUGGAAUCUCGUUUAUAAUGCGUGCGUCUUUGUUCUUUAUUUUGGGGGCUUUUAUUCUUUGACCGUUCCUGGAUGAUUUCCAGCUCACCCUGUUUGUGUCAGUAGCAUCAUGAGUAGCCCAGCUGCUGGGACAAGCUCAAGAACAGCAAUUUAGAACUUGAGGAAAUGGAGACUUGCAGAAGAGCUAAAACUGAAAAUUUCUUUGAACUGCAGUGUCUGGGUUUGUUUACUUUGUUUUUUAAAAUGCAAGAAUGUGAUUAGAGUUGAUUUUGUUGUUUGUUUAUCUGUCUCUGUGAAUUGUAAUUAUUGUUGUAUUACAUCUGUACUUAAGCUGUUUCACUGUAUUGUAUAAGCACAUGUGUGGAUGCCACUUCACUAAGCAAGGGGAGAAAAUCUGUUCGACUGGCUUUUGGAGAAGAAGACUAAUCGGUAAGGCUCUGUGGCCUGACACCUGGACCAGACAAUUUGAGGUCAUGAUUUGAAAUGGGCUUGCUUUCGUUCUAUUGUGAUCCAGUAACUAUUUGUGUUAAAUCAUUUAGCAGCUGACCAGCUCUGGAGAAGUAGAAGAUCAGAACCCUGGUAUCAGGAAUUGGACUCGCUUCAUGUGAUACAGACACAUGCAUGCCUACCCUGAAUGGUCCUUGAGCUAUCAAAAGCUCUAGUGUGAUGGUUCUCAUUUGUAUAGCUUGUUAAAGACUAAAGUAUUAAAUGUGUUUGCUUGGAUAAAUACAACAUUUUUAUUUGUAAAUUGUUUAAAAAAUAAACAUAUGGAGGUCAACAAGGCUUUCUUCUUGUUUUUCUUUUUUUUUCCUUAAGGAAAGUGUUUUAUUUCAAUUAGUUUCUAACUCCUGUAGUAGUUGAUAAAAUUGAGAAAUUGUAGAGGAUGAAGAUACUCCACAAUUAGCCUGCUCAGUAAAAAACCAAUUUGUUCCCAGCUGAAGUCAAUGGAAGAACUACUUUCAACAUCAUCAGUAGAAGUUUGUUUGAAGUCCUGAACACUAUGCAAAGCUUGAGGUGGGGUGUCAGGUGAGGACCCCAGCAGAGCUCACAUUUCCGUAAUUAGUACCUGCAUGUGGACUGCCUGAGGGAGCAAAAUCACCAUUUUUCUUCGGUUUCCAUGACUAUGUGUGAAGAAGGUAUGAACCAUUUUUCAGAGUCGUUAUGGUGGUUUUCGUACUAGAAAUGUAAGAACUGUCUAAGCAGAAUUUGGAAAUCUAUUAUAAAUGGUCAAGUCAACAGUAAAAAAGUAAUUAAGAAGGGAAGAGAGUUUUGAGAAAGUCUGGUUUUAUGAUGUUAAGCAGUUACUGCAUUGAUAUAAGAAAUCUUUUUUAGUAUCGUUGCACUACUUUCAUCAGAUAACUAUUUUUUGUCAACAAAGAGAGCAAGGUUUGACAUACUUCAAUAGCUUUAAAGUGGAAUUGUUAAGUGAGAGAUUGCUUAAAUCCUGGUUUAUAAAAAAGUCCUUUGUAGUUAUUUCUUGGUUUUCUUCUGUAUUUUUUUAUUAUAUACCUGAGUUUAUUUGUUUACAUUUGACAGCUAAAUUUUCUCCUCCUAUUUUCUUUUCAUUCUCUUCAAUGAAGUGCCUGGCCCCUUGUAAAUUCACAGAGGAAGAGGGGAACUGAUUUUCUUACUUGCCUUGUUAUUGAGGGAUAUCAGUGCAGGGAAAGGAGAUAUUAAAGGGAAGGCUGAAUUUUUCUACAAUUCUUCAUUUUACCUGGUGCUGUGUUGGAACACACAAAUGCUUUCUGGUUAGUUUCCUUUUGCAGGUUGGUUUUCAUGAAGGUCUCAGUGCAUGCAAUGGCAAACAAGUAAUUUGGACAAUCAUGUCCUUCAGACAACCUUACUCAGUGCUGUGUUAUCUGUGUGGGACGUACUCUUAAUUAACUUUAUUUUGGGGGAAAGGACAAUAUAAAUCUAUUAUCCUUGUUCUGUUCUCUCCUACAGUUGAUUCUACAAGUAGUGGUGGUGGUCAGUGCUGAACCUGGCUGGCCAUGAAUUGAGAGGAGCUAGCAGCAAGGGCAAGCAAGAGCUUUGUGAAGGAGAAAUUGGGAAUUGUUACCUCAUAUUUGUCUAAAGCUUUCCAGGAUCUGAACUUUCCUCUGAGGCAUGCAGUAAAUGAUUUAUCCACUGUACUGGUCCCCUGUGCUGGCAGAGCUGUAGCAUAGUCCACUGACUGGGAAGCCUAAUUUCUAGGUUGGCCUUGGACUCUUCCAGAUCCUCAGGAGGAGGGGUGAGUUAAUGGGGUUUUACUUGUGUGUUUGAAUGGUACAAUACAGCAUUACCUCUCCUUCCUGACCCAGUUCUCUAAAAACUGCAUAAAGCAUAAGAAAUUACCAUUCUCCUGGUUUUUUGAAAGCUGCUGAUAGGAAGGAAACAAUCAUAAUUUGAAUGUUUCUAUCUUUACACUACUUCGAACCAUACACAAAUACCUAGUAAAUUCAAAGGACAACUCUAAGCCUUCAUUUGAUGCUUCAGCCUUUAGUUUGCCAUGAUGGAGGCUGGCACAAAUACCUUUCUCCUGGAUAAAGUUUGUUCCAAAACCAAGCUUGAUGAAGAAGCAGUGGAAGAAGAGCCAUAGAAAAGCUGCUGGCAUCCUGUCAAACUGUUGUAAGUCCAGGUGGGUUUUUAAUACUACUUCCACUUUCUUUGAACAGGCAUUUGGAAAGGAGAAGCAGCCUUCAUAUAUUUACAAAAGUAAUGUUUUAGAUAAAUACAGUCAUUUUUUUGUCUGGGGUAGUCUCUUGGGCAGGUGAGUCUUGCUUCUGGCUUGCUGGAAUCGUGUCAUUGACUGAGGUUUAACUAAGCAACAGAAAGGGUUUGGGGGGGAUUGUUUCUUUGUUUUAGAAUUUUAAAUGGCAUGUGAGCAGGGAAGAAAUGCAUAAACCAUCAUUCUCUUAGUAAUUUUUUUUCUGAAUGUAUUUUUGUCAUAGUGGUAAAAAGUACAAGUAGUAGAUGAAGAUAUAAGGUCUCUGCCAUUUGGAAGUUAUCCCAGGAUCGCCACCCCUGGAAGUGUUCAAAAGACACGUGGAUGUGGUACUUGGGGACAUGGUAUAAUGGUGAACACAGCAGUGCUGCAUUAACGGUUGGACUCAAUGAUCUUGGAGGUCUUUUCCAACUUUAAUGAUUCUACAGUUUCUUUAUUCUUGCCAAGGAAAUAAACACCCAAUUCUUAUCUAAGAGAAGCUUCACAGAGAACUUUAAUUUCGCUCAUGGAAACAGUAGGAAAAGGUGGCAAAGGCCAAUUAUUUUUUUUAUCCUGGUAAACCCAAACAGUUUUCAGAAAUAGCUACUGGAAGUAAGUAAUGAUAACAGAAGUCUUGUUAAAGAAAACCCAAACACUAACAUCUACCAAACUAAUGCAACCCAAAGCAUGACAAAAUGUAUUUCUUUAGUGCAAAGGGCAGAAGAAAUCACAUGAGACAGGUUUUUAUGGGGUGCUUGAUGUGUUGUUUUAUUACUCUGAACAUUACAGAAACGUAAUGGGAUCAAAAUCACUCUCUGACACAGAAUUCAGUCCCCUUCUGCCUGCUGCACAGUUAAGUGCACACAGCCUACGUGCCACCACUGUGGGAGUAUAAAGCAGCCAUAAAAUUUAUUUUACUAGACUCCUCUGCCUCCGUCUAGCAUGAAGAAGAGAGAUACGCAGGUUAUGGUUGCUGGACUGUCCUUUCUACCACCUGUUUUCAGCCAAUAGGGAGGUAUUCAUGGUUGUAACUAACUUGAGCAAAAUAAUGUAGCUGUGGACUGUUCUAUUCUGCCCCGGAGCAGAAAUCCGAGGCUCCAUAUUUAGAAUUAGUUUCUGGGGUUUGUUUUCUGAUCCCACCUCCACCUCUUCUUGGACUGUCUUGCUUGCAAUGAGAAGGCUGAUUACCAUAUGUUAGCAGUUCUAGGCUCGGGUAAAAUGAGUCAAGCUGCUGUUACAAUUCCCAUGAAGUUGUCCAUCAACUGGGGAUGCAGAGAGCAGACCCAUUAGAAUUGUUCAGGCAGGUGGUGGAGAACAGUUGAAUACCUGCAGGAAAUAAAACCUGAAUUCAGAGCUGCUUCGAGGGAAACAGCAUUCCCUUUUCCAGCAGCCUGACUUAAGAAUCUUCAUUUUACAGACAGUAAAGCACGCACAAGAGGUAAUGUUCUCAGUUUUUAAUCAAAAAGAAUUUUUCUCAAAGAAACUGUUUUUGUGGGAGAGUUUCAGCCAGAACCUAAUGCUACAAAUCAUUGGGGAUACCAGCCUGUUUAAUUUGCAUACAAACUUUAGAUGAAUAUAGAAACAGUAAGUCUUUAGGAGCCAUGGUAGCUGUGAAGAAUAUGAAAAGCCCUGUAACAGCUAUCUGGUAAAGAAAUGGUAGGCAUGGUCUUCAUAUCAGUACUCAUGUUACAGUGUAUUCAUGUCCUGUCAAGAGAUGAAAAAAUGAAAUUAAAUGUAAAUGCCAAAUAAUUAGAUGAGAGAAGGACUCAUAACAAGGCACCUGCAAGAUGGGUAUUUAGACAUGCUUGAUUAGUGGGAAAAAGAAAGAACAAAGUCAAUUAGCAAAGGAAUAUCAGUCACUGCAUUUUCUCCUAAGAACUGAAGGCUUAAUGCAAUUAAACCCAUUUAAGAUGGUGCUUUCCCAGGUAUUGUUUAAACUUCAUGUCCUUUGCCAGUUAGUUUCACAUAUAUUUUUUUACCAAGUGUAUGAGAGAGGUUCAAAAUUAGUAUAUCUCUGUUGUGUCUUUAGACAUACUGUCCAAGAUAGGAUUACAAAAGUAAUUCACACAUGUAUUUUAUGUAUUCAGUGCAAUGAAGUCACGCUGUGGAUUCAGUUUGGCUGGGUGAAAAAAAAAUCCCAUAUCUGCAUUUGCUGUAGUAUUUCAUCAUUCACAUUGGAUCUGUCUGGCAUUUGAAAUAAGAUACAGGCAUGGACAACCUACUUCAAGCUGUCUACAAUGUCUACAGAAGAAAGAUCAUCCAGAAUACUAUGACCCGUAAUUAUUUCUCCGAGAGUUGAAUUUGUGCUUCAGAAUGCAAGAAAGGCUUACAAGUUGAAAGUUUUAGUUCAAGUUUUUAAGAUGAAACCCUCUGCUUUAUAUGGUUAGCGUCGUAGACCAAAGCAUCAAAUACAUUGCUUUUAGUUAUUCUACUUCUUACAAAUCCUUUCUCCCAGUGAACUACCUACAUACACAGUAUGUUCAAUGACAGCUGUUUUCAUUUUGUAUUAAGCUUAUGUUACAACCCGCCCCUGAAGGCAGAGUAGCUGAGGUUCUUGUUAAUAAUAGAUCCCUUGGGGUGGGUUAGAGCAAAACGACUGGUGUUUAUAAAUAUAUAUAUAUGGCAGGUUUAUUUCAGGACAUUUUGGUUGCAAUGGAAAGGAAGUAUGUAACUGUUUUGGUUAUUAUCUGUAGAAAUAUAGCAAUAUAGAAGCAUAAAAUUAACACUUAAAUUGUAUAAGGAAAUGAAAGGAUAGGUGGAAGGCCUCAGAAAUGCGUCUGGGGGUGCUUCAGGGGUCUUUGAUGGUUUAUGACACCUUCUAAGACAUGACAGCUGCCUCUCACGUCAGCUAGUUAUGGCUCAUGAGAGGAGGGAUGAAUACCUUCAAGCCUACAUGUGAAUCUAAAUGUCCUGAUACCUCCCCAUCUAUCCCACCUCCACAGGGUCUGCUUCUCAUCAGCCUUCUCCCUUAUCUGGCUCAACACCCAGCUUGUAGCCUCUGGUUGUGGGUGUGCACCCCCUCUGCUCUUGGGCUGUUACCUUGCAGAGAGCCAGCAAAGCAGCUGCUUUUGCAAAUGGCCAUUAACAUUUUGGUCUCUCACUGCUUGCCAAAUUUCUUCCAGAAAGCUUUUGAUGCAGAGGGAGGGAAGUAAUUAAAAGAUUAAAAGGGUCUCAGAUUUGGGAAUGUAACAGUUGAACCUGACAAAUGCUCAGCAAACUGGAUUUUGGGAUGAACAUAAGAGUUUGCUGUAAAAAGCCCAUUGUCUUUGCUGGCUUUUGAUUACUUUCCACAGGAGCUAAGAAAAUGUUAUCUGAAAUUGCUGGACUUCGGUAAACCUGUUCUGAGAAGGUGAGUGCAGAUUUGCAUGACUGGAAUGGUAUCUUUUCCCCUUUGGUAUGAGGGCACAUUCUUUUCAUUAUUAUUAAUGUGAUUAAUCAGUGAGGCUUUUUCUAUAUUCUUACUGGUUAAACCUGCUGUUCACGGGUAUGUCUGUAAUUUAAGCUUUUUUGCCAGCAUCCAAGAAGACUCUGUAUGUGUGGACUCCUUUAUCUUGAUUAAACAGUGUUAUUUUAAAAACAAACAUUAAACUUUUAUGAAAUAA